CCGGACACUGCAAAAAUGUUCUACUGUACAUAUUGUACAAUAUAUUUUAUGAAUAUUAACAUACGUAACAUUAUUAUUAUUAGUAGUAGUAUACAUAUUCAUCGCUCUUAAUUUGCACUCAUAGUCUGUGACUGUAUUAAUAUUACAUUUACACUGCAUAAAUGUCGAAUUCCUCUCAAGUUUCAAUGUGCAAUAUAAUAACUAUUAUGUAUACAUAUUAUGCAUAUUAACAGAUGUUUCAUACACUGUACAUAUUGGGUGUCGUGUAUUGUAAAACAUUUCAUAUCACUGUCAAUAAUAUCCUCCCAAUUUUGCACUUUGUACAAAUAUGAUUGCAGCGUCAUUAGAUAUUGAUCACAUUUAUCACAAUUUCUAUCAAUCGAUCAGUUGAUCAAUCUAUCUAGCUAUUUGUGAAACUCAUUUUAAAACUUCUUUAGUAAAUUGCAAACACUUAUCAAAUUCUUCGUAGUUUUCAAGUUAAACGAGUUGAAGUCAUUUUAAUAAAAAUGUACCUGAAAGUAGUUUUAAAGUCUACAUGUUGCCUUUAUUAAGUCAAUAAGUAGAACACAUUUGUUUCACAUAUCUCAACAAUUGCUUUUGUAAUACUUUUUUUUUUUUCCCCCCAGAGACUUUGUGGACACCCUAUAUGUUCUAUUCUUUGUGAGCAAUCAUCACGGUUAUUGGAAUAGUUACCACACACAUGCUCUUAUUUCUGUAAUUGAUGUCACAUGCAUAAACCCAGUUUCCAUGUCAUCAUUUUCCUGGACACACGCACGCACACACACACACACACACUAAAGUGGUACCCUUCAGACACAUUAGACAGAGGAGGGUGGGGCGCCAGUAAAGAUUUCUUAAUGGGCUCUUCGGUCUUCUCGUCCAUCUGCUGUGAUGACAAACACACAGCUUGUCCACAUCAGCCCACUCUGCAAACAAGUCCUGCCGUUAGCGUCAGAAAGGUCACAACUAGCACCUUUCCCAAAGCUGGCGUUUCCCUUCUUUCUUCACGUUCCGCUCACGGGGAUGAAAAAGUGAGUUUUUCGGGAUUUCUUGAAGGAUUACUUGGAUGUCUGAUCACCUUCCGAGCACAUGGGGAGCUCCAUCCCGUCCGGACACGAGUGACACCAUCCGUCCGGCCUCGGCGCUGACCUCGCAGUCGGGAGGAUGCCGUCCCUGCACCACGGAGCCAUCUUCAUCGGCGCCUUCCUCAUCGUGACCGGCGGCUCCACCGCCUUCCUGGCCUCGUCGCAGAGUCGCCUGCAGCCGUUCUCCCUGUGCUGCGUGGUGCUCGGGGUGGUCAUGCUCAUCCUGGGCCUCUUCUGGGCCAUGAACAGCAAGAGCCCCUCCAACUACAACCAGCAGCAGUUCGACCCUGACUGCCCUCACUACCCUUACAACGAGUUUGCCGGCUACAGCAGCCAUGCCCUCUUUGCGCACGACGGAAAUCGCUUCCCGGAGUCCCAGUCAGUAUACCAGCCAGGGACUCUGGAGUGCCAAAGGCACGGCGCUCGCAGCGAGGAGUUCGACUAUCCCCCCAUGGACCACGGCGGUUUCAGUCCGCCGCCUCAUCCUCCCCCCUGGCUGGGACCACCGCCUCCCUACGAGGUGGCCAUCAAAACCACGUGCAGCUCCACGCACCUGCGCCGCGCCUACUCCGACACGCACCUGGCCGCCGAGCCGCUGUUCGGACGCUCCAGAGAGAUCAGCUUUGAGGUUUGAAAAAAAAGACAUCCAUCCACCCCUCCGUUUUCUAGAGCGCUUAUCUUCAUUAGAGCAUCUGGAGUCUAUCCAAGCUGACUUUGGCGUGAGAGGCGGGGUACAGUCUGGACCAGCUGCCAGUCAGUCACAGGGAAACAAACAAACAACCUCUCCCACUCACACCUACGCAAAAUGCAAGUCUGGAAUGAACAUAACAUGCAUAUUUUUGGAGACAUUAGAUUGAAAUAUAAAAAAAGCCUACACACCCCUGUUGAAAU